ACAGCAUUGCAUCGGUAUUGCCAAUGUUUGUCUCUAGGAAUUUGCCGAAUGUCUGAUACUUAGGUCCAAUCCCUUCUCGCACAACCUCAAGUCUUGCACCCCACUUCGCUCACACUGAUACAAAUCUUCGACGACUCAUAAUGAGCGAACACCUUAGGCCGCAUCCUCCUCCAGAAGCCCCCAGAUCCGGCGAAGCGACUGCUGAGGUUUCAGAGAGCUCGAGAAAACGGAAAGUUCCGAAAGACUUCACUGAUGAACGUCCAAAACCCCUCAAGCGGUCCCGUAACCAUGACCCUAUUGUCGAGAACGUCGUUCAUGGAGCUUCGUCGCAUCAGAGUAUAGAGCAUCCCACUAUGUUUGAGAAUUCUAGUGGCUCCAUGAACCAGGCACCGUCCAGAGAACCUGCUUCACAGGUUCAGGCUACCCCUUCUGCCCUGCAGGAAGGGACUAGUCACCAAACGGCCGUUUCUGAAUUCCAGGAUGCCUAUGAGGAUUUACAACGCCUGAAUCUACUCGAGAACCAUGCGACAUCUAUGGCAUCCUCCGGCCAAAAUGCCCAAGCGGAUGUCGAUAUCGCAGACAAUUUCCAGGCCACAUAUCUCGAACCCCUCAGGAUUUUCGACACUGCCAUCGAGAAGAUCGCGAAGGUACAUCCAUACGCAAAGAUGGCGCUGGGCGUGCUGUCUGCUGCUUCCAAGGUUUGUGUGGUUUCGCCCUUAGUUUCAUCUCCUGGUCGGCAGUCGUUGAUGAUGCGCAGAUUAUUCUUGCUCAAGCGGAUCGCAACCAAUCGCUACAUCGUCUUCUCGAGAAAUUAGAUGAAGUUUACCGCUUCAUGACCCAAGACGACUCUCUUGACC